AUGUCUGGACAGACAAGUUUGAACGUCAGCAUCGUCGGCGCUGGUAUCGCAGGUUUGGCUGCAGCCAUCGCUCUCAGACGUGCGGGCCACGUGGUGACGAUCUUUGAGAAAUCCGCCUUUGCCCGCGAGGCUGGCUUUGCCGUCUCCAUAUCCCCGAAUGGCACCAGAGUAUUGAAUUCGUUUGGGUUUGACUAUGGCCGUGCUAAAGCUCUGGAUUGUACUAAGGUCGAGGUCUUUGACGCCCGCAGUCUGGAGGCCCUUGUCGAAAUUGGACUUGAUGAUCAUCUCAAGGAGAUGCAAGCUCCGUGGGUAGUUUUGUUCCGACCAGAUCUCCACCAGGAACUGCUGCGUCUCGUGUUUGAGGACGACGGGCGAACCGUCGUGCCAACGCUCAAGCUCUCCGCAAAAGUGGUCUCGGUGGAUAUCGAAUCAGCAACACUCACAUUGGAAGACGGUUCCACCUAUGCGGCCGAGCUGGUGGUGGGAGCUGACGGCGAGAAGUCCGUCGUACGGUCAGCGGAGGGAUUCAAGGGUACCGGGGCGGUCGGUGAUAGCCCUUUCAAGAUCUUCCGCUGCAUGAUUCCGACCAAAGAGUUCGAAGAAGAUGAGGUUCUCAGGCCAUUCCUGGAUAAAAAACGGCAGGCACUCUCGGCGUAUACCGAUGGGAUCAAGAUCAUGACCGGAGAACUGCAAGACCUCGAAUUAGGGUACCUAAGGCUCGACGAGACGGGCUCCCCCAAAGACUACAAAGAUGAGGUCCUCAGAGAGGCGUUGCUCUCGGAGUCUAAAACUUACCAUCCAAUUCUACAUCGGGCUCUGAGCAAAGCCAAAAAUGUCUCCAGCUGGGACAUCAACUUCAGCACCCCCCCGCUACACUGGACGCGAGGGAAAGCGGUUCUGAUCGGUGAUGCGGUCCACUCUAUGUUCCCAACCACAGGACAAGGGGCAUGCCAAUGCCUCGAGGACGCCGCUGCCCUUGGUGUGUUCCUAGAGAACCUGGAUUCCAAGGCGGAUCUUGCAGGUCGUCUGUCACUUUUCCAGAGCUUCCGCCGCAAGAGGGUAGUCGCUGUCCAUGCCACAUCCGGCUUCCUGCCUGGCCAAGAGAGCCGCAUCACCGAGCAGAUGGCGAAGCUCUUGCCAGGAGGAAAGCCCCUGUCCAGCCCGGUGGAUACAAUUGAACUGUCGAAUCGGUAG